AUGGCUUCAGACGACAUCUCCAGCGGCGGCAAGCCUCCUCUUAAGCAUGGAGACGGCGGCCACCUCCACAACACUGUAGUCAAGACGGACUCGGACGACGAGGUUGUCGGCGAGCUCGAGACAAACAAGUAUGCGUAUGACGACUCGCGCAAGCUGGGCAUCACGGGCUCCGUCUUCCUUAUCCUCAACAAGAUGAUUGGCACCGGCAUCUUCUCGACGCCGUCGAGCAUCUUUGCCGCGACGGGCUCUGUCGGCAUUAGCCUGAUCCUCUGGGUCAUUGGCGGAAUCUUGACCUUUGCCGGGCUCAGCGUCUGGCUCGAGUACGGGCUCGCGAUCCCGCGGUCGGGCGGCGAGAAGAACUACCUCGAGCACGUCUACCGGCACCCCAAGUACCUCGCGACGUGCGUGCUCGCGUCGCAGAUGAUCCUGCUCGGCUUCUCGUCGGGCAACUCGCUGGCGUUCGGCCGCUACGUCCUCUACGCGUCGGGCAACGAGCUCAAGGACAGCUACAAGGCGCGCGCCAUCGGCGUGGUCUGCGCGACCUUCUCCGUCGUCCUGCACGCCUUCCUGCCCAAAUGGGGCGUCCGCCUGAUCAACACGCUGGGCGUCUUCAAGGUCGUCAUACUGCUGUUCAUCGUGUUCUCGGGCUUUGCCGCGCUGGCCGGCCACCGCAAGGUGGACAACCCCCACAACUUCGACAACGCCUUCGCCAUCGAGAGCGGCGAGGGCUACAGCGGCGGCGGCGCGUAUGCGUACUCGAACGCGCUGCUGAACAUCAUCUACAGCUACAAGGGCUGGGAGAACGCCAACUACGUGCUGGGCGAGAUCCGCGACCCGCGGCGCACGCUGACCAUCGCCGCGCCGCUCGCCGUCGGCGGCGUCACCAUCCUGUACGUCCUAGCCAACGUAGCCUACUUCGCCGCCAUCCCCAAGUCGGACCUAGCCACCUCCGAGGUCAUCGUGGCGGGCCUAUUCUUCAAGAACGUGUUCGGCGACAGCGCCGGCGCCCGCAGCCUGCCGGCGUUUGUGGCCCUCAGCAACCUCGGAAACGUGCUCGCCGUCAGCUUCGCCCACGCCCGCCUCAACCAGGAGCUCGGCAAGGAGGGCUUGCUGCCCCUAAGCCGCCUAUGGGCGUCUAACAAGCCGUUCAAUUCGCCCACGGCUGCGCUCUUCCUCCACUGGAUAGUUACUAUUAUUGUUCUCCUGGCACCGCCGCCGGGACCUGCGUACAACUUUAUUGUCAACCUAUACACAUACCCGGGCGCGUGGAUCAACAGCUUCGUGGCGGGCGGGCUCAUCUACCUGCACUACUCCAAGAAGGAGAACUGGACGUCGGGGUGGUACACGUACCUGCCCAUCAUCGUGGUGUUCCUGCUGUCCAACGUGUUCCUGGCGCUGGUGCCCUUCAUCCCGCCCGACGGCGACUGGAACGCCGACGGGUACCCCUACUACGUGUUCCCCGUCGUCGGCGUCGGCGUCCUGCUGCUCGGCGCCCUCUACUGGGUCCUGUGGACCAAGUUCUGGCCCGCCGUCCGCGGCCACAAGAUCGUCUCGGAGCGCGUCGUCGACGAGGACGGCGCCGAGGUCAUCCGCUACAAGAAGGUCAAGACGCAUGUGAGCUAG